GGAGGGGCCCGUGGGAGGGCGGGGCUCCGGGCGGGGGCCGGGCCCACCUCCUGCACCGCGGCUGCCCGCCCGCUGAGAAGAGCGGCUGUGCUUCGGGUCGCCAGGUCGCGACGGCUGACACGAGACCCUGCAGCCUGGAGCUGUGAUUGGCAGCAACCGCCGGCUCCCGAAUAAGCGCAGGGAGUACAAUUGCCAUCUGUCCAACCGUGGAAGCUCGUAGCAGAAGGGUCGCUCUGAAGGCCAACGAGGGAGAAGCGCUAAGACAUGAUGUCAAGUGGAGACAGCCAGCAAUCACAGGCUCUCACCAAGCCCACUUUUACUGAGGUACAAGCCUCUGCGCUGGUCGAGUCAGUAUUUGGGUUCAAAGUUUCUAAGAUCCGGCCACUCCCCAGCUAUGAUGACCAAAACUUUCAUGUUCACAUUUCAAGAACCGAAGACAUCACAGAUGACACAGUUGAAUAUGUCCUCAAAAUAAGCAACACAGAGUCUAGCAAAACUCCAGACCUGAUUGAAGUGCAGAACCAUGUCAUCAUGUUUCUGAGAGCAGCUGGAUUUCCAACAGCCUCUGUGUGCCGAACUAAAGGGGACAACACGAUCUCCCUAAUGUCCAUUGACAGUGGAUCUGAAAUCAAAAGCUACUUGGUGAGAAUGCUCAGUUACCUCCCAGGAAGACCAAUUGCUGAGAUUGCCAUCAGCCACCAGCAAUUAUAUGAAAUAGGAAGGCUAGCUGCCCAAUUGGAUAAAACACUGGAGGAAUUCCAUCACCCAAAGUUAAACCUUCUUCAUCGAGAGAACUUCAUCUGGAAUCUGAAAAAUGUUCCUCUUCUAGAGAACUACAUGGGUGCCCUGAGCCAGAGCCGAAACCGGGAGAUUGUUGAACAGGUUAUUCAGCUGUUCAAGGAAGAAGUAAUGACCAAAUUAAGUCAUUUUCGAGAAUAUCGGAUUCCACUGUGCUGUCCAUACUGGAAUCAAGCUGUCAAACUCCUGAGCUCAAGUAAUAAUCCUGCCCCAUGCAACCAAGCAGCCGGGACUAUAAGCAUGCACACCACACUCAGCACAUUCAUCUACAGACCACUCAGGUCCAGAACUCUAGUCAUGUCAACACCUGACAGUAGGUAUCUAUCUUUCUGUCUAAGUGUGCCCUGAUCCUGUAACAGCCUAUCUGUCUGCCUCCCUGCCUUAUCUCCCCGUCUGCUGUCUAAACUUCCCAAAUUAGGCAUUUUAACUCCUGUGUCUUGGUUUCUUUUUUGGAAGAUCAAGAUAAUGGAUGUACCUAUCCCAGAUAGUUAAUUGUGAGGGUUUUGUAAGAGACUAUGGCAGCCUCUUAGCAUGGACUAUGCCACAUAGUAAAGGCAUAAUAGUUACUAAAUAAUGGAUCACAUUCCAGGUUACCCAAGCUCAAAAAUAUUGGUGAGACAUGACAUGUUGCUUGGCUUUCUCAGACUCAGUCAUUGAGCUCUGCUGCUUUCACAAGUCAAGGAUAUUAGGUUAACAAACCUGGAGGAGGUCUGUCUUUGUGGCUUCAUUAAUUUUUCAGUAGUAUAUGCUAUAACCCAGUGCUCAUCUUACAUGCACUACCUUAUUUAAUCCAGAAAAGAAUCAUAGAUAUUCUGAUGAUUAAUCUCCAUUUUUUAGAUAAAGAAAUAGAGCCUUUUAAAGCUGGAUUAAUUGACUCAAAAGCAAGCCCAGGCUUAGAUCUUAAAUUAGGUCUUUGGGCUGUAACACCUGUUCCUAAGCAGUACAGAAUCUCAAACUUCUUCUGCCUCUUCUUUCCUCUUCCAAGACACACAUACGCACACAGAGAUUGACAGACAGAACAAAUGAGAUCAUUCACAUACGAAACACUUAGGAUGCUCACACUUAAGGUUUUUAUUUAACUUGGCUAAUCAGGAAACUGGGGACCAGAAAAAUGGGCUGAAACUUUGGUUUCACUCACUCCAGAUCAGUGUUCAUCCUGUUAUACAAUGAAACCCUGCAGGUUUUUCUCGAUUGUUUUUGCUAACAGGGAUUCUCUCCACUAAACUCCUAAUGCAAACAUUGCUGAUUUCUGUUAUGACAUUAAAUAUAUACUGAAUUAUAUUGA